AGAGAGAGAGAGAGAGGAGAGAGAGAGAGAGAGAGAGAGAGAGAGAGAGAGAGAGAGAGAGAGAGAGAGAGAGAGAGAGAGAGAGGGAAGAGAGAGAGAGAAUUUAACAACAACAACAACAACAACAACAACAACAACAACAACAACAACAACAACAACAACAACAACAACAACAACAACAACAACAACAACAACAACAACAACAACAACAACAACAACAACAACAACAACAACAACAACAACAACAACAACAACAACAACAACAACAACAACAACAACAACAACAACAACAACAACAACAACAACAACAACAACAACAACAACAACAACAACAACAACAACAACAACAACAACAACAACAACAACAACAACAACAACAACAACAACAACAACAACAACAACAACAACAACAACAACAACAACAACAACAACAACAACAACAACAACAACAACAACAACAACAACAACAACAACAACAACAACAACAACAACAACAACAACAACAACAACAACAACAACAACAACAACAACAACCAACAACAACAACAACAACAACAACAACAACAACAACAACAACAACAACAACAACAACAACAACAACAACAACAACAACAACAACAA